UUAUAAUACAUAUUUUCCAGCUUCGUCAGGAUUAUUCGCCCUCAGAAAAAACCCCCUGUUGGGUUGUCUCACGGUUCGCAGCGCCAUGACAAUCAGCAUCAAAGACCACCAACUCACCAACGACACUCACAAUCUCUACGACGUCACCUUCUUCACCGAUCAGAUCCACACUCUAGUUACCCACGCUCCCUCCCUCGUCGACCAAUGGCUCAUCGAAACCCAACAACAAAUUCACCAAAACCCUGCUGUCGUUGGCCUGGACGUCGAGUGGCGCCCCAAUUUCAACCGCCGUAUCGAGAACCCAAUAGCUACUCUACAACUCUGCAUUGGCCGCAGAUGUCUCAUCUAUCAGCUCUUACAUUCCCCUACUGUCCCACAAUCUCUUGUGGAAUUCCUUCUCAAUGGGAAUUUUGUGUUUGUGGGGGUUGGCAUUGAGAGUGAUGUUGAAAAGCUGGUGGAGGAUUAUGGGUUAAGCGUAAGAAAUACUGUGGAUUUGAGGGGCUUGGCAGCGGAGAAGCUAGGAGUGAAGGAGUUGAAGAAUGCUGGGUUGAAGGAUUUGGUGAAGGAAGUAUUGGGGAAGGAAAUUAAGAAGCCCAAGAGGGUCACAAUGAGUAGGUGGGACAAUCCGUGGCUUACUCCUGAUCAGGUUCAGUAUGCUUGUCUUGAUGCCUUUGUGUCUUCUGAAAUUGGCAGGAGGUUGAAUUCUGCUGCUGCUGGAGCUGGAGCUUCAAUUUGAUGGGGGGCUUUUGAAUGUGAGUUUUGGUGGCUCUUCCAAAUAAAGCAAUGAUUUAGGAUUAUUUUGCCUAAAAUUUUCAUGCUGGUUUAUGUGGUAGUCUUGUGAACUUGGAUACUUUUCAAAUUAUCUGUUUAGCUUGUUUUUUAGUUGCUGUCAUGGAGAUGAUCAUUGCAGUCAAUCAUCCUUGUAAGACAACAUUGUUGCGGCCAAUGCUCUGCUGUGUUUACCGUGUCCUUUUUUUAUACCCAGUGAUGAUUUUGUUGAUGGUUUAGAAUUUGAAUCCUGCGUAUGUCAAAGAUUGUCUUGGAUGUCUUAAGGCAUUUGUUUGAUUAUAGCCCUACGUUUUUGUUUUUCCA